UUGAUGUUUUCAAGAAAGGGACAAAGCACUCUGCAGAAAAGUUCCUAAAUAAAAAUCAAAUUUCUAUUUUCUUCCAUCCUUGAGCCAUUUUUUUCAUUAUAAUCUCCCCCUUGCAAGGAAUGAUGUGCAUCACCACAUUUAACUAGAUCUCAUAAGAAUUCAUAGUUUAUCUAAAUUGCAGGUGGCUAAAACUGCUCUGGAUCAUGGAAAAUAGGAAUAACAUCACAGAAUUUAUUCUCUUAGGACUGUCUCAGCAAAAAGAAGUAGAAAUUCUCUGUUUUUUACUAUUUUUACUUUGUUACAUUGCAAUUUUGGCAGGAAACCUGCUUAUCAUGAUUUCUAUCACCUGCAGUCAACUUAUUAACCAGCCCAUGUAUUUCUUCCUGAGUUUCCUCUCACUCUCAGACCUUUGCUACACCUCAACUGUGAUACCUAAGCUAAUCAUUGACUUACUGGAAGAAAAGAAGACCAUUUCCUACAAUGGCUGCAUGACACAACUCUUUACCAUGCACUUCUUCGGGGGGAUCGAGGUCUUCAUUCUCACAGGGAUGGCUUAUGACCGCUAUGUUGCCAUCUGCAAGCCCCUGCACUACACGGUCAUCAUGGGCAGACGGAGGUGUGAUGCCAUGAUUGCUGCUUCCUGUGCUGGGGGGUUCCUGCAUUCCUUUGGUCAGUUUCUGCUUGCCGUCUUCUUACCCUACUGUGGCCCCAAUGAGAUAGAUCACUACUUCUGUGAUGUCUAUCCUUUGCUGAAACUGGCUUGCACUGACACCAGCAGAAUUGGUCUCUUGGUCAUUGCCAAUUCCGGCGUGAUGGGUCUAGUGACUUUUGGGGUCUUGCUGAUAUCUUAUACUGUGAUCUUAUACACUAUCAGGUCCUACCCCAAGGAGAAUCGUAACAAAGCUCUUUCCACAUGUAGUUCUCAUAUCACUGUGGUGGUCUUUUUUUUUGCUCCCUUACUCUUUAUUUACAUUCGACCAGCAACUACUUUACCAGAAGACAAAGUGUUUGCUCUUUUUUAUACUAUCGUUGCUCCCAUGCUUAACCCUCUGAUUUACACAUUAAGGAACAUGGAGAUGAACAGUGCCAUAAAUAAACUAUGUUCCCGUAUUAUGGGAAGGAGAAGGAAUAGACUGAAAGACAUUCCUGCUUGUCACCACAGAGCUUGUUGA